AUGGGUGUAAUAGUUGUAACAGCUGUAAUUGUCAUAAUAGCUGUAAUAGCUGUAAUGGGUAUAAUAGUUGUAAUGGGUGUAAUAGUCGUAAUAGGUGUAAUGGACGUAAUGAAUACAACAGUUAUAAUGAAUGUAAUGGUCAUAAUGGGUAUCAUAAUGACUAAUAC